CGUAAUACCGUCUCGAUAAAGGGUCUCCGUCGUCAUUGUACAUGGACCUGUCGAAGCUACCCUGCAUACAUGUAUGAACUGUUAUCUACCACUGUGCAUACGAUCUACUACACUGCAAUUGAAGCUUCAAAAUGAGACAAAGAGUCUACUUUCUCGCCCACGGCCGAGUUCAAGGCGUGAGCUACCGUUAUUUCGCGCAGAAGAAAGCAGCAGAACAUAGUAUUACUGGAUGGUGUCGAAAUACAGAACAUGGGAAGGUCGAGGGCGAGGCCCAAGGACACGAGGAUUCUAUCGCAUUAUUCUUAAAGGAGCUCGAUAAAGGCCCAAAGCAUGCCCACGUUGUCAAGUUAGACAAGGAACCCCGAGAUGUACAGGAAGGGGAGGCACAUUUCGAGGUACGAAGAUAGGGCGGAGAGCUAGUAAUAAGUAAUAAAUUAUAUUCAAAUGAGU